AUGCACUCGCGCGGGUUUCUUUACUGCGCCAUCGGCCGCCUCAGUACAAAGGAGGUCAUGCUCUCCGCCACCAUUCUAUCCUCGAUGUCAAACUAUGGCAGUAAUAUCACCGUAAUCACAGACAACCGAGGAAUCGAUACUAUCGUAGAAGCCGGCCAGCAACAUCUGUUCCACAGAAUGCUGAAUGUCGAUGAAUACGUUUCGGAGGUCGACGAGGUAACACCUGGGACUGGAUCGCGAAUCGCAAAGAUCAACGGAAUCAUCAACACUCCUUACGACGAAACGCUGUUCUUGGACGUAGAUACCGAGGUAUGCUACAUGUUUCCAUAG